UUUCCUCAAUUGCUCCCUCAGCUCAGCAGCAUAGUAUCCAGUCCCUGUGGGUUGAAAGAGCUUUCUGGCCCUGACCCCAGCAUUGUCCUCACUUCCUACCCAGUAAUAGGUAGUGAAAGAGCUGUACCCUGCAAUGUAGCACUUUCAUUGCUAUUUUUAGCUUAAUUGAUUUGCUUGGUUUCAAUUAAAAUCCUAUAUAUAAAGCAAAUUAAAAAGUGAGGAGUUUUUUAUAAGGAUAUACAAUAUAUUCCCAUGAUCCACCAUAGGUAGAAGAUCCAGGAUAUUUUCUGCCUAAAAUAUCAGCAUUUAGGGCCCAGUUCUUAAUUUUGUCUCAAAAAUUUCCAUUAGCAUCUGCAGAAGUUCUGGUGGUGCAAGGAAUUCAGGAUCAGACCCUACCCUGCUACUGGCAUCAGCACCAGAUUGUGAUCCCUGAUACAAUUCCAUCAUCUUUCAAUUUAUCGGCAAGCAGACACUGGAGAGCGCUUCCUUAAAAAGUACUUUUGCGAGACUGCAAAAUGGUUAGAUUUUUCUGCUUGCGAGGUGGUUCUUGACAAGGCUACUCUGCCCUACCCCUUUCAGCUAUAAGUAUAAAAAAGCCAACCUGUCCUUUCCUCUCUUUCUUCUUACUCUGCCUUGUAAUUGGUCCGUGGAGUAUAACCCUUUCACUGCUUUGCAUCAGGCAGGAAGUGAUUGAUGUAGGGCACAGGAAUGGUAGUUACCUUCCCAAGCCAGAGAGCCUCAAAUGUGCUGAGGAGUGAUACUCUGGAAGGGGAUAGAGUUGUCCUCCCGCCCGGGUGAGUAACACCAUUAUUCCGUUAUGGUUUUAAUAUGCAUUUGUAAUUACUUUUACUAAAUAGCACACCAUAAAGCUUUGGUUAUAUAUUAAAUGUAAACUGAAAGGAAUGUAAACAUAUGUAUUGUUAAUUAUAAAUAGAUAAGUAAUGACAUCAUAGAUGCAAAAAGGCUUAUUCAGAUGUAUCAGUCAUUUUACAUUACCCACAAAUUGUUGCAUGGUAGAGUAGAUUUUUUUUUCUGUCUCUGAGUAUGUGAAUAACUUGACUUGCGUUUAUCUUUUUACAUAUUUAAUAAAAAAAGUAUAUGUUAAAAUCUGUGUAGCUCUAGAGACUAUUCAAAACAGUUUAAAGUGGUAGUUUUCUAUUUAUAUAUUUAACUGUUUCAUUAUUACUUGCAAAUGCGAGCAAGGAAAAAAAGCCAAAUGGUUUAAAAGAAAAUGUGGUUCAUAAUGUAUGUAGAAAUUUCUUUUCAGGAGCCCAACAACUGUAUCGCCCUUCCACAAAUCUCAGGACGAGAUGAAUGAAAAUAUUAAAAAAAUAAAAUAAGAUGCAGAUUAUUCUUUUGGCAAACUCUUUCCAGUUUCAGAGUACUAAAUCUCUUGCAGCUGUAGUUUAGUUUGGAUAUAGGUACAGCAAAAGUAAACUCAGAGGUGAACAGGGAAUAUUAUAGCGAAGAUCUACAGGGAAAUCCCAAAUGGAUCUUUGCCACAGAGGUCUAACUGUAGGGAUGCCAUCUUAAAUGCAAUUUCUAAAAGAUUUAAAUUGGGAUCAGAAAUACUUGCUCUGUGUGACGAAAUAGCUGAAAGAAUGCAUUAAAGCCAACCCCAUGGAUCUGACUCAGUGUACUGUGGGAAAGUGUGCUUAGGUAUUUGCUGCUAAGCCUUAGGGAACAGUAAUGGGGGGCAGGGAAUGAUUCCCUUCCUAGAGGGAAGAAGGAUCUAAUCUAAAUUGCUCUUGAUCUCCACCUAGAGGUUUGCUGUAAUGUUUCAUCACAACUUCAGAGAAGGCUGCUUUGUCCAUCCAUUCAGCAUGGGAGCAGUUCAGCAUCUUUAGCAUGUCCUGUAACAGUUCUUCUUCAAGUGAUUGUUCAUGUCCAUUCAAAAUAGGUGUGCGCGCGCCGCAUGCACGCCAGCCGGAAGAUUUUCCCCUAGCAGCGUCCGUAGGGUCGGCCCCGGCGCCCCCUGGAGUGGCGCCACUACGGCGCCCUAUAAAGGGGCCUGCUGACCCUCCACCCCCUCAGUUCCUUCUUACCGCCGGUGACGGCUAGCUAGAACUUCUCUUGCGCAUAGCAAGUUAGCAACGUCCUAUCCUUGUGUAUAGUCCAUGUAUAUAGUUACGUUAUAGUUAGUUUACUUAGGUCAUUGUAUAUAGUUCUUGGUAGUUGGGGAGUACCUCCCCCAAGUUUUGUCACCCGCUGGGACAUGCCCGGGUCCCCCAGGUUUAAACUCUGCAAGGACUGCGGGAAAUUCAUGCCCAAGAGUGACCUGCACUCUGCUUGUUUGAGGUGCCUCGGAGAGAGCCACCAAAAGGACCAGUGCUCUAUCUGCAGGGGCUUCCGCCCAAGAACUCUCAAAGACAGAACUCAAAGACUUCGAGUCCUCCUCAUGGAGGCUGCCCUGCAGCCACCCUCGGAACCGGCCGAGGCAGUGCCCAGCACGUCUUCCUUGGUGCGGAGCGCCUGGGCAUGGGCAUCAGGACUUAGGGCCCAGCCCAAGUCAUCUAAAUCCCGGCACCGGAUGGAGUCAGGUCCUAGGAAGUCGGCCUCAGUGUGGCACCGCUCACCGUCGCCGGUGCCCACUAAGAAGAGAGAGCCAGUGAGAGAACGGUCACCCCACCAGGACUCGAGGCCGAUGCCGUCCGCGGGUGCAAGCAGACAGGCUGGGCUACAGCCCUCAGCUGCUCCGUCGACUCCCGCACCUCAGAGAGGGCGGUCGAGUCCAGACCGGCCUAGAUCCCCGGACCUCAGCGGAGACUUGCGCCUCCUUUCGACACCGGAGGCGUUUGAGGCAGCCUCAGACUUGAUGGGACUCCCGGUGCCGGCCUCCCUGCACCGUAGGGAAUUGCGUACUGCAGCCCGUCCCCCAGUACAAUGGAGGGGCAAGCCAGCAAUGCUGUCGCCUCCCUCCCCGCUCCGCGCCGCUAAGGUGGCACCAGACCAGAUAAGAGGCUCCCCGCCGCCUCAGCAUCGCUCUCCAACGGCACCAGGUGCUGCUUCCCCCAAUUCCUUGUACUCAGAGACUUCAGACUCAGAGGCAGACACCUACCGUUCCAACCGGUCACGGAGCAGGAGAUCAGUUUCGGAGGCGAGCCACCAGCAUUACCCACAGUGGCAGCAGCAAUGGCACCCGCCCUCGCAGUGGCCGUUUUGGACCCCCUGAGCCUACCACCAGUCCGUAGGCCAGGCGUUUGGUCCUCGAUCAAAGUCAGCCUCGGUCUCUUCGGCGUCGGUGGCCCCGGCACAGCUGUCUUCUCCACCAGCACCGUCGCUGGGCAGGGGUGUGCCAUAUCCAAGUUCAGUACCCCCUAUCCGAGCAGCGGCACCGACAGUGGCUACAGUUUGGGCUCAGCAGGCACCGCCUGAUAUGCCAAGCCACUCGCUUAGAAUCGGAACCGGCCACGCAACUACAGUACCGUGUGCCACAGGACCCUAGAGGUCUGCAGGCACCAGAGGAGGGGCCGAUCCAUGUAAUUUCCUUGUCUUCCUCCCCGGACGAAGCAGUCUCGGGCACGGCUGCGGCACCGGCCCUGGAGGAGACCCGAAUCCCCCAACAACUGCUCCGGCAAGCAGCUCAGAGCCUCACAAUCCAAGCUGAGGAAAUUGAGGUGGAUGCGGACCCUGUAGUAGACAUCCUGGCUCCCUCAGGGCCAUCCAGGGUGGUGCUCCCGCUGAUAAAGACCAUAGCGGAUACGUCCCGCACCUUAUGGCAAACGCCAGCCUCACUGGUCCCUACUGCCAAGAGAAUGGAGCAGCUCUAUUUCGUCCCCUCUAAAGGGCAUGAACACUUGUACACACCCACCUCCCCUCGGACUCCCUGGUGGUGGAUGCGGCCAACCAACAGGAGUGGCAGGGGUUUCAGGGGUCAACUCCAAAGAGCAGGGACGCUAAAAGACUCGAUCUCUUUGGCAGAAAAGUGUAUCCACAGCAGGCCUACAACUCCGCAUUGCCAGCCAACAGGCAAUUGUAAGCCGAUAUGGUCAUAACAUGUGUUCAGCCAUGUCGAAGUUUACAGAGCUCCUUCCCCAGGACUCAAGGUCAGAGUUUUCGGCCCUGGUGGAGGAGGGGAAGCUGAUCUCCCGAGCCUCUCUCCAGGCUGCCCUAGAUGCAGUGGACUCAGCAUCAUGCACCCUGGCCAUGGGCCUGGUCAUGCGGCAGGGAGCCUGGCUCCAGGUCUCGGGCCUGCACUAUGAGGUCCAGCAGACCAUUCAAGACCUCCUCUUCGAGGGGCAGAUGUUGCUUUCAGAAAAGACGGACAAGCAUCUGCAUAGCCUAAAGGACUCAUGGGCCACGCUUUGCUCGCUGGGCUUGCAUACCCCUGCGACCCAGCGCAGGCAGUUUAGUCUGC